AUGACCUGUGUUGGAGGAUACCGCUGGUUCCCCAUGAGGUUCCUGGUGUCACCGCAACCUCUGGGCUUCUGGCACCAGUCCCGAAGCUGCAGGGCUUCGCGUGCAGACCCUGUGGCAGACUCCUCAACCAGACCGACAGAGAAGGCCCGGAUCCCUCUUCGGGAAGAUCUCCAAAGACACCUGCGUGAAGGGGAGUAUUCUCCCUUUCAGACGGUUGCAAUGUUCGAGAGCAACUUUAUCCAGGUCACUAGACGAGGCAAGAAUGUGGACAUCCACAACCACCAAAACGAGGCCAUCAUUGGCAUUGUCUCCACCAACAACAAGUUGCCGCUGCCCGACAUAAUGCUCAUCGCUCACCCCGUGCCCAUGCUGCAGAGCGGCCAGGUCUCCUCGGGGCACUACGCGGAGCAAGUGGCGCUCACCCGGCUCCUGCCCUUGCAGUUUGUGCGAAUCUCAGUUUACAACUUCAACCAGCAGAGCAUCAAAAUCAAGCUGAUCAACGGGCGCUCGUACUACCUGCAGCUCUAUGCCCCCCCAGAGGAGCAGGAGCCUCUCUUUGAUCGCUGGGUGUCACUCAUCUACCUGCUCCAUCACCCCCCAGCCUACUACCUGCGCCCCCGUUCCUUCCUAUCGAGAGAUUUUCUCCAGGUGAAAAGCCUACCGAGCGAGGAAGAGGAGAAAGAGGUGAUGCCAGGAAGCUGGGAGAAGGCUCCAGCGGAUACCAGUCCAGCCAAGGAGGAGGAGGAGGAGGAGGAAGAUAAGUCCCAAGACCCAUCCUGUGAAAACUACAGCAGAACAAGCAUUGCCCAAGGCCCCAGCACAGAGACGAAGGAGCCACUUGCCAAAGCCAAGGGUCUUAGAGAGUCGGACACGACAGGAAAGGAAGGAGACCUAGAAGAAGAGGCUGAUGACUACUUCUUUCCUUCCAGCACAGCACUGAGUCGGACCAGGGAAAGUACAUUGGUAUCCAGCACCAAGGACCCAAAAGCUAAGAAGCUGAGCUCACGGAUGCUUGUGAGAGAGAGAAGCAGCAGCCUUGAGAUCGUGACGCUCUUCAGCAACAUUUCCAAAAUACUUCACAGAAGCAGCAGUGAGGAAGAGAAGGGUCAAGCUGACCAUGGAUAGCA